CCUUCCUUGUUGGCUUAUCCUCUGGUGUAUUGACCAAGUGAUACAGAAUAGAGGUUUUGAGACUCCACCCUAUAAACACCCUUUUCUACAGUUGUCUUUAAAGUUAAAAUGUAAAUCACGCGCUUCAUUUUCAUUGAACUAUUCCCGUACCUUUUUUUUAUUUUUAUUUUUCUUAUUUUUAACUUUUAAAGGUUGGCAUGGCAACUAACAUUCGGCAGUCAGUCGAGGUUUAUACCCCAGGAACGAAGGCCUGGUUUGCAGAUGACAGAGAAGCUUGGGUUUCUACAACAUGCAUCUCGAGUACAGUUACAAGUGAUUCAAAAGUUAAGAUUGUGUUUGAAAGUGAUGCUGACGGAAGUGAAUAUGUAUUUGAGUCUACUUUGGCAGAGCUGGAAAAGACAGGAGGAUCGAGCUUACCACCGCUUCGUAACCCUCCAAAGAUGGAGUAUACAGACGACUUGACAAACCUGAGUUAUUUAAAUGAACCAGCUGUCUUGAAUACAAUCCGGACUCGAUAUAUGCAAAGGUUGAUCUACACAUACUCUGGUAUUGUCCUGAUUGCAGUAAAUCCAUUCGACAGGGUUGCCCUUUAUGAUCCGGAUAUUGUACAACAGUAUUCUGGAAGGAGACGAGGUGAACUCGAGCCACAUUUGUUUGCUAUUGCCGAAGAUGCCUAUCGUUGCAUGAUACGUGAACAAAUGAACCAAACGAUUGUUGUAUCGGGUGAAAGUGGUGCUGGUAAAACUGUGAGUGCUAAAUACAUCAUGCGCUACUUUGCCACUGCAGAUGAUCAAGAAAGUAUGGGUAAGAAACAAAAGUCCGGCGGAGGAAUGACAGAAGUAGAAGAACAGAUAUUGGCUACCAACCCUAUUAUGGAAGCAUUCGGUAAUGCCAAAACAACACGAAAUGACAACUCGUCUCGAUUUGGUAAAUACAUCGAGAUUCAGUUUGAUGAUGCUGCCAAUAUUGUGGGGGCAAAGAUUAGGACGUAUUUACUAGAGCGUUCACGUCUUAUUUAUCAACCUGAGACAGAAAGAAAUUAUCAUAUUUUUUAUCAGCUUUGUGCAGGUAUACCAUUGUCAGAGAAAAAAGAGUUUGAACUGGGCGAUUAUACUCAAUUUCACUACUUGAACCAAAGUGGAACUGGUGUGAUACCCGGUGUAGAUGAUGCUGCUGAAUUUGAAACAACUCAAAGAGCGCUAUCUACGAUUGGUUUAUCAGUACAGCUACAGUGGAAGAUAUUUAGAUUGUUGGCAGCUUUACUUCAUAUCGGUAACAUUAAAAUCACUGGACGUGGUGAUGCUAUGCUGGCAGAGGAUGAUCCUGCCUUGUUAACCGCCACUCGCUUAUUGGGUAUCAAAACCGCUGAUUUUCGAAAAUGGAUCGUACGUAAACAGAUCAUCACUCGUUCUGAAAAGAUCGUAACCAACCUAAGCCCUGCACAAGCCCAUGUCGUGAAGGACUCUGUAGCUAAAUAUGUUUAUGCAAAUCUAUUUGAAUGGCUUGUUUCUGUUACAAACGAAAGUCUUUCCUGCUCAGAUUCUAGCAAAGUUGCAAACUUUAUUGGUGUCUUGGAUAUCUACGGCUUUGAACACUUCAAGAAGAACUCGUUUGAACAGUUCUGUAUCAAUUAUGCUAAUGAAAAGCUUCAGCAGCAGUUCAAUCAACACGUCUUUAAGCUGGAACAAGAAGAGUAUGUAAGGGAAAAGAUCAACUGGACCUUUAUUGAAUUUAGCGACAAUCAAAAAUGUAUUGAGCUGAUUGAAGGAAAAUUGGGUAUUUUAUCACUUUUGGAUGAGGAAUCUCGUUUACCUUCAGGCUCAGAUCAGGGAUUUGUUCAAAAAUUGUAUACCAAUUUUGAUAGUCCUAACUACAAGACUUACUUCAAAAAACCUCGAUUCUCUAACAGCGCUUUCACGAUUGCGCAUUAUGCAUUGGAUGUUCAAUAUGAAGCUGAAAAUUUUAUUGACAAAAACAAGGACACAGUACCUGAUGAGCAUUUGGCCCUUUUACAAAAUGCUGAGUUUGACUUUUUGAACGACGUCUUGGAAAAGGCAGCAGCUAAUAAUGCAGUCCCUCCGCCUGAAAACAAUAAGCGUAUGAGCAUGGUUGUUAGAAAACCAACGCUUGGAUCUAUUUUUAAAGCAUCCUUGAUCAAUUUAAUGGACACUAUCGGAGGCACCAAUGUUCAUUAUAUUCGUUGUAUUAAACCAAACGAAGCCAAGGUAGCAUGGGAAUUUGAUCCAAAUAUGGUACUUUCUCAGCUUCGAGCAUGUGGUGUACUGGAAACUAUCCGUAUCAGUUGUGCUGGUUAUCCUUCCCGUUGGACCUUUGAAGAAUUUGCAGAUCGGUACUAUGCCCUUGUUUCAUCGAAGCAUUGGGAUCCCAAGGUCACCAAGCCAGAUAUUCGUCAGCUAUGCUCAGUUAUUUUGGAAGCAUCUAUUAAGGAUGAGGACAAAUACCAAGUAGGAACAACAAAGAUCUUCUUCCGUGCUGGACAAUUGGCUUAUCUGGAAAAACUAAGAGCAGAUCGCUUCAACGAAUGCGCUAUCAUUUUGCAAAAGCAUAUGAAGAGAUAUAUUUAUCACAUGCGUUACAUUCGUAUGAAGGAAUUGACUAUUCGGAUUCAAUGUGUUGCACGUCGUAAGGUGGCCUCAGCUAAAAUACAACAACUUCGAGAAGAAAAGGCAGCGAUCACCAUUCAGAAAAAUUGGAAAAGAUACAUCGCUCGAAAGCAAUACUUUUCUAAGAAAAUAUUUGUUCUUAAGCUUCAAACCGCUUGCAGAACUAAAUUGGCAAGACGCAACUUCCAAUCUCUGCGAGAGAACCACGCUGCCAUUCAAAUUCAAAAACUUGUUAGAGGCUGGUUUGCCAGAAGGAAGUAUAAGGCUCAAAGAGAAUUUAUCAUUCAUUUCCAAUCCAUCAUUCGUCGCAAUAUUGCUCGUAAACAAUUAUUAGGCCUCCGCGCUGAAGCAAGAUCAGUCAGUCACUUUAAGGAAGUAUCAUAUGCUCUUGAAAACAAGGUCGUUGAAUUGACACAGACACUGAGAACAGUUCAGCAUGAGAAUAAGGUAAUGAAUGACCGCGCUGUUCAGCUUGAAGCACAGAUCAGAACUUGGACAGAUAAAUAUGAGAAAAUGGAGCGCAAAGCCAAGAAUUUAGAAGAAGAGCUUCAAAAGCCAACUGUUCCCAAGGAAACUCACGAUACACUUCAAUCUGAGUUUAACAGUCUUCAUCAUGAGCAUCGCCAAGCGCUAGAAAAGAUCAAGAACCAAGACCGCGAACUGAAUGCUGUUAAAUCUCAGCUUGAAAGCGAGAAGACAGAAAAUGAGAAACUUCGCAAGUCGCUAGAGGAGGCUGAUGAACGGGCCAAGAACGUGACAGACGAAGCUGAAGUAGCCGAGCUUCGUAGCCAAAUUGCUGCAUUAAAGGCACAAUUAUCACAAGCACUCAAUACUUCUCGUCGUCAAGGAUCAUCGACUGCUCUACGUGCUGUUUCACCUGCUCCCGGUAUGCGUAACGCUUCUCCUGCACCUUAUUUGUCAGUAGAUUCCGAGUCUGCUGGAAUGCGACAGAGAAGCAAAUCACCUGCUGGCGUCUAUGCAAAUGUAUCUCAUCCUGUUGCUUCCGCUACAACCAAUUCUCCUCCUACACCAGCAAUGAGAAGACCACGCAGAAACAGCUCUGCGGAUAUGCUAAACAGCAGGCUAAAAAAUUCCCUUGAAACGAUUCGUCAGAAUGAAAAACAUCCUCGACCUACGUCCAUUGAUAACAUUGGAUCUAUUGCAGGCAUGAAAGCCGGUGGACUCUCUGGCGCCAUCGAUGAAAGCCCAGAAGAAGAAAUACAUGCCUUGUUACGUAGUGAGGAUAGCUUACAGGAAGAAAUUCUUCAAGGUCUCAUUCGGUCUGUUAAGAUGCCUUUACCUACUUUACAAAACCCUCCUUCCAAGAAAGAAAUAUUAUUCCCCGCUCAUACAAUCAGUCUAUGUGUAAGCGAAAUGUGGCGAUUGGGAUACAUUCAGCAAUCAGAGAGACUUUUGUUUGAUGUUAUGGACACAAUACAAAAGCAAUUCAUGAGCUUUACUGAUGAAGAUGCAGUCGUUCCUUGCACAUUCUGGCUAACCAAUGUUCAUGAGCUAUUGUCAUUGAUUUGCAUUGCACAUCAAGAAAUUGAACAAGGAUUUUACCAUGAUAAGCGUAAAGCAGCAAACAGAAAUGAUUUCAAUAAGUUAGUGGAAACAGUCAAGUUCGAAAUUCAAUGCUUAGAGGAUAAUAUCUACCAUGCCUGGAUGAAGGAGAUCAAGAAGCAUCUUAGCAAAAUGGUUAUUCCAGCAGUAGUUGAAGGACAAUCCCUGCCUGGGUUCAUUACAAGUGACUCUGGUAGAUUCUUCAACAAAUUAUUAACCGGUUCAUCUCAGCCGAUGUAUUCAAUGGACGAUCUGCUCAAUUUCAUGAACAAGAUAUGGCGUGCCAUGAAAUGCUAUUAUAUUGAGCAAUCUGUAGCUGCACAAGCAUUGACAGAAUUAUUAAAGCUUAUUGGUGUAACAGCAUUCAACGAUUUAUUGAUGAGAAAAAACUUUUGCUCAUGGAAGAGAGCUAUGCAAAUUCAAUACAAUAUUACGCGUAUUGAAGAAUGGUGCAAGAGCCACGAUAUUCCUGAAGGUGCUCUUCAACUAGAACACUUGAUGCAAACCACCAAGUUACUCCAAUUCAAAAAAGCAACUUUGGAAGAUAUUGAAAAUAUCUAUGAAGUUUGUUGGAUAUUGACACCUACUCAGAUACAGAAGCUCAUUUCACAGUAUCAUAUUGCUGAUUAUGAGAAUCCUAUCAAGCCAGAGAUACUUCGGGCCGUGGCUGCUCAUGUUACAGGAGAUAAGAGCGAUGCGUUAUUAUUGGAUGCCGUAUCGAUCGAAAAUACGUCAAAUCCAUUUGAAAUACCUGGACCACGAGAUACAAAGCCUGAGGUCUACUUACCUUCUUGGCUAAAUUUGAAACGACUUCGCCGAUUAGUUACACUUAUUCAACAGACAGAAGAAACUGCUCAAUAAGAAUAUCACGUCUUUUAUUCCCUUUUAUUAAUAAAUUAUAUACAUAUAAGCGAUUAUUUAAUAGUUAUGGCCCUUUUAUUUGCUCAAUAUAUAUUACCUUACCAAGCAAAAGCAUGUAAAAUGCAAGCUCUCUUUCCUAAUUCACUUAUCUGUUUCUAUAUGUUGAACAAACCAAAGAAAGGAAGAGGGAUUCCGAUUAAAUGAUUGUGGAUUUAAUGAUUUUUUCCACGAUCAACGCACUGAAGUGGUAAAGUCAUACUGAUAUCUUUGAUGCAUUCUUUUCUUUUCCUUUACCAAAAUGUUGAUUUUAGUAGACAGUGGCUAUUCUAAUUCAAUCAUUUCAUUUAAAAGAAAAAGGUAUUUUUGUAAAC